AUGACACCAUCAACUGUCUUGGCCAACUUGCGCAUCGACGCCAUGUUCUAUCAACUCGAUGGGCUAGUGGAUCAAUGUGACGAGUUCACAAAGUCUCAGUCUAGGGUGUCGUCUCUCCCUAGCCGCUACUUGAUUGUUGGCACCCAGUAUAAGCAUGCAGAAAUCGAAGACAUUGAAACGCAAAUGUCAACGGCCAUGAUUGGCAGAGCAUGGCGAACAUGGGUGACAGAGGACGUACUACAGAAGGAACCUCUUUUAUCAAUAGAACGGCCUGAAUCUCGUACUGGAUUUAAUGCACUGCGCGAAGUGGCUGCGGUCGAGAGGUUCAUCCAGUCUCAAGUACCAGAUUUUGGUCCUUGGCGACUCGUAGGAUGGCACAUACAGAGACAGGUUGGAACAUGGGAAGUGAGCUCUCAAUUGAUGGUUGUUUUGGAGGAUACCAAGAAUCGGAAGCGAACCGAGCCUUUUGAGAGUAACUUGUGA